UUCUUUUCCGAGAAGCAAAAAUAAAAAUCCAAAAUUCAAUUUCCGGCGCUCCACUUUCCAAUGGACCCACUGACGCAGCUUAGCUUACCGCCGGGGUUUAGAUUUUUUCCGACCGACGAGGAGCUUUUAGUUCAGUAUCUUUGCCGGAAAGUCGCCGGCCACCAUUUCAGCUUGCCGCUGAUCGCUGAGAUUGACUUGUACAAAUUCGAUCCAUGGGUUUUACCGGGGAAGGCUUUGUUCGGCGAAAAGGAAUGGUACUUUUUCAGCCCGAGAGACCGGAAGUACCCAAAUGGAUCCCGACCGAACCGGGUGGCCGGAACGGGUUACUGGAAGGCGACCGGAACGGACAAAAUAAUCUCGUCGGAAGGGAAGAACGUGGGGAUAAAAAAGGCACUGGUUUUCUAUAUCGGAAAAGCUCCGAAGGGCACGAAAACGAAUUGGAUUAUGCACGAGUAUCGCCUCAUAGCCUCAUCCAGGAAAAUUGGAAGCUCCAAGCUGGACGAUUGGGUUUUGUGUCGGAUUUAUAAGAAGAAUUCGAGUUGUCAGAAGCCGACGGGGAGUAUUUCUAGUAAAGAAUACAGUAACAGCUCGCCGUCGUCGGCGUCGUCCCACAUCGACGAGAUCAUCGAGUCCCUCCCGGAAAUGGGCGACGAUUAUUUCUUCACAUAUCCCAAAACAACAUUGCAACAAAACGACUUUAACAUGUUCAACUUUGAAAUUCCGGCUGACUCUGUAAAUUCCGGUUGGGAGAGUCUGGCCGGGCUCCACUCGGUGCCGGAACUCGUUCCCGUCGACCACACGGAAACUUUCGAUUACAAGGAUAACAACUACAACACCAAUCUCUACGUUCCUUCAAUUACAACGCCAUGUUUCCAAGUGGACCACCCGCCGCUGCCGGCGUUCCAGUAUCAAACGCACCACCGCGACGGCAGCGGAGUGUUCGGAUUCAGGCAAUGAGGAGCGGUGUUUUUUUUUUUUUUUUUAUUUGGGUGUAUAUAGAAUUGGGAAUCGGUUGGGGCUUUGAUUUUGGGGAAUUGGAUUCUGAAAAGAAGAGUCGAAAAACAGAGCAAACUCUGCCAAUCAACUAAGUUCAAUGUCACAUCCUAUUAGAAUUUAGAGAGAGAGAGAGAGAGAGAGGACGUGACGUGGCACGAAUUAAUACCUUUGUAAAUAUUAUUAUUAUUAUUUAGGACUCCAAUUUCAUUAUUUAAACAAAUAUUAAUUAAAUGAUUGUUAAAUA